AAGGUUAAGCGAGGAAGACCGCGAUUGGAGGCUCAAGCGGUGACGUAGCUUUCCGCUUUGGCUGGCCUUCCGCUCGGGCGGCUCUCGGGGACAUUUGGCGGGCCUCCCUGAUCCCUGGGUCCUUGCAAGUGCGAUGAGGUCGGUUAGCUACGUGCAACGCGUGGCCCUAGAAUUUAGUGGGAGCCUCUUCCCGCACGCGAUCUGCCUGGGAGACGUCGAUAACGAUACGUUAAAUGAACUGGUGGUGGGGGACACCAGCGGGAAGCUGUUCGUGUAUAAGAAUGAUGAUAGCCGGCCGUGGCUCACCUGUUCCUGCCAGGGCAUGCUGACUUGCGUUGGGGUUGGAGAUGUUUGUAAUAAAGGAAAGAACCUGGUGGUGGCGGUGAGUGCUGAGGGAUGGUUUCACCUGUAUGACCUGACGCCUGCCAAGGCCCUGGAUGCUUCUGGGCACCAUGAGACCCUGACGGGAGAGGAGCAGCAUCCAGUCUUCAAGCAGCACAUCCCUGCCAACACCAAGGUCAUGCUGAUCAGCGACAUCGAUGGAGAUGAGUGUUGCGAGCUGGUGGUCGGUUACACAGACCGUGUGGUACGGGCUUUCCGCUGGGAAGAUCUGGGCGAGGGCACUGAACAUCCAACAGGGCAGCUGGUGUCACUCAAGAAGUGGACGCUGGAGGGUCAGGUGGACAGUCUCUCGGUGACUCCAGGGCCCCUGGGUGUUCCUGAACUGAUGGUAUCUCAGCCGGGCUGUGCUUACGCCAUUCUACUGUGUACCUGGAACAAGAACACCGGGCCCCCUCCGACCCCUGAGGGGGCUCCAGAGGGCAGUCGGGAGGCCCCGGCUACUCGAGACGUCAUGUUGCACCAGACUUCGGGCCGAAUCCACAACAAGAAUGUCUCCACCCAUCUCAUUGGCAACAUCAAACGAGGCCACAACUCUGAGACGGGUGGCUCCAGCCUCUUUGCCCUCUGCACCCUGGAUGGGACGCUGAAGCUUAUGGAGGAAGCAGACAAGCUGCUGUGGUCGGUGCAGGUGGAUCACCAGCUUUUCGCCUUAGAAAAACUGGAUGUCACGGGCAAUGGGCACGAGGAGGUGGUUGCCUGUGCCUGGGAUGGGCAGACGUAUAUCAUUGAUCACAACCGCACCGUCGUUCGCUUCCAAGUGGACGAGAAUAUCCGGGCCUUCUGUGCAGGCUUGUAUGCCUGCAAGGAGGGCCGCAACAGCCCCUGCCUCGUGUACGUCACGUUCAACCAGAAGAUCUACGUGUACUGGGAGGUACAGCUUGAGCGGAUGGAGUCGACCAAUCUGCUGAAGCUGCUGGAGGCUGAGCCAGAGUUCCAGAACCUGCUGCAGGAGCUGGGCGUGGAUCCUGACGACCUCUCAGCGGUCCGAGGCCUGCUUCACCAAACCCUCUACCAUCCAGACCAGCCCCUACAGUGUGCUCCCGAGAGCCUCCACGAUCCCACCUAGCCGGACUUGCCCUCUUAGCUGAAGAAGGAGCCUCCUGCACCCCCCCACCCCCCCCAAGGUAUCCCUAGUGCUGGCCGGAUAAGGAGUAGACAUCACAGAGGAGCACGGGAAGAUGGCAGCAACCUCAGGGAAGCUGUGAACCAUAGCUGUCAUGGUCUUCUUAGUGAAAGAAGAGGCAGCCUGGCCCUCUGCCCCAUUUCUUUAUUACCUCACCCAUCAGUCACAUCAGCAGGAUCAUAGAACCCCAGCCUCAUUCCACAUCGUCUGGGACGGCCCCCUCCCCAGAGCUCCCUGCUCUCAUCUGUGGAAAACAGACUUCUUUGGGAGGAGGGAACACAGAUCUUUUGCAUGACUCCACUGCUUGUAAGGAAACCAGGCUGAGGCCAGUGGAGCAAUGAGAUAAGGGCUCCCCCAGUUCAAGCUCCUCCCUCUGUGGCACAGCCCCAAGUCAGUCAUUGGCAGUAGGGAUUAGUGCAGGAGUGGCACACUGUCUGACUCUUGAAGGCGGUAGAGGCAGGCAGGGGGGUGUUUCAGGGCAUCCUACCGUUGGGUCUUGAUUGCUCCCAGCAAUGCAGAGAUGAUUGUCUUCUAUUUACCAAAGAAACUGGGCUAGCACUUUCUCAGUUUGCCAUGUUUGCUGGCGCAACUUUGUGGACCUUGACCCCCCACUCCCCCCCUAAAACACCUUCUUGUCUAUAAGACAAUACGCAUUUAGACUCCGAUGCGGGUUUAUGAUCCAGACCACAAUCAGAAUUCUAUCUUGGACCAUCUGUAUCCCUUCUGCUCUCAAUUCUGUGCACCGUAAGUCGGUGUUUUCCCCAUCACAGGCUGCAGUCCUUUGGUGGCUUGUGGUCAGCAUUGUUUGCAUAAACGAAACUUGGUAGAAUGAAAUAGAAGGAAAAACAUCGGAGUAUCAUGCUCACAGCACAGGAAGUACUGUUUUGUUAUAACUGUAUGUGUACUGUGUGUGUGCUCUAAGUACACUGUAAAAUGUAUUUCCUGCUGUGGAUUGUGUUCA